AUGAACAAAUGUCAAUUUUUUAAGAAGGAGAUUGAAUUCUUGGGUUUUACAAUUAGUGAAAAUGGUAUCGGAGUAAUUAAAGAAAAAGUUGAACCUAUUGCUAAAGUUCCACCACCAAAGAACAUUAAGGAAUUGAGAUCGUUUCUUGAUAAUGUUGUCAAACCAAUUGCUUUUAAUUCUCGUGCCCUAACCAAAGCUGAACGUAAUUACUCGCAGCUUGACAGAGAGGCAUUGGGUAUUGUUUUUGCUGUUAAGACGUUCCACCAGUAUUUGUAUGGCAGGAAAUUUCUUUUGGAAACGGAUCACAAGCCGUUACAGUUUAUCUUUAACCCCAAGAAAGGUUUGCCUGUUUUUGCUGCGAGUUGGGUGCAGAGGUGGGCAGUAUUUUUGUCUGGAUAUCAUUACGAUCUUGUACAUAUUAAGGGAACUAGUAAUGUAAUCGCUGAUUAUUUAUCACGGGCGCCUAAAUUAAGUGAAGAGGAAAUGGAGAAAAACGAAUUUACUUAUUUAGAUUAUGUAGAAUCUGAGAUCCAUACUAUUGACAGUGAACUGAUUCGUGAAGAAACAAAAAAAGAUAUGAUUUUAUCUCAAGUUUUAGAAUACGUUAUGAAUGGGUGGCCGGAUAAAGUUGAUGCUAAAAUUGACAGUUUUAAAAACAGAUAUCGUGAGUUGGCGGUGGAGCGUGAAUGUCUGAUGUGGGGAUAUCGUGUGGUUAUUCCUAGUUCACUUCGGGAAAUGUUGCUGAGAGAGCUUCAUUCGAGCCAUAUGGGUAUUGUGCGGAUGAAGGCCGUUGCACGUUCUUAUAUCUGGUGGCCUGGUAUUGAUGGUGACAUCGAAAACACAACACAACGGUGUAUUUUAUGCUUGGAGAACUCAGAUAAUCCACCAAGAGCUAAGUUACAAAAUUGGAAAUGGCCUGAAGGCCCUAAUCAACGUCUUCAUAUAGAUUUUCUGGGCCCGAUUGAUGGGAGAAUGUAUAUGGUUAUAAUUGAUGCUUUCUCUAAGUGGCUAGAGGUAAAAGAAAUGAAGGACAUUACGUCGAGGACAACAAUUGUGGCCCUCAAGGAGUAUUUCCGUUCAUGGGGCUAUCCAGAGAUUAUUGUGAGUGAUAAUGGUCCCAGCUUGGGCUCGGAGGAAUUUGAGAAAUUCAUGGAUGACAGGAGAAUUCUUCACAUCAAAACAGCACCGUAUCACCCAGCCUCAAACGGAGCAGCUGAAAACGCUGUGAAGACUUUUAAAAACAAAUUUAAGUUGUUGCUCAAAGAAGGUUUGAGUCGUGAAGAAGCUCUGGAUAGAUUUCUUUUGAGUUAUAGAUCUACGCCACAUUGUACGACUGGAUGUUCACCUGCAGAAUUACAAUGCGGAAGACCGAUGAGAACAUCAAUUGACUUGGUUAGACCCAAUCUUCGUGGUCAUGUAUUGAAGCAACAGCUAAGUCAACAGAUACAUGCCUCGGGGAAUCGAAAAUGUCUUUUCAGCUAUGGAGACAUAGUGAUGGCAAAAGACGUUAUGAGAAACAAAUGGAUUCAAGCGAAGGUGAUGAAUCAAUUGUCUCCAGUAACUUACGUUGUGAAAACAAUUGAUGAUCGUCUAUGGAAACGUCAUAUAGAUCAGCUUAAAUCCUCCUUGUUAACUGAAAAACCGGCAUUGGUAGCUGAAGUCAACCCUGGUUUUUUGGACAGUUUUGUAAACGAAGCUAAUUCAGAGGAUCAGCCGAGGAGUUUUGGAAUUCCUGAGAAGUCUCCAGAGUUCAAUGAACCACAGGUUUCCGAGAACAAAUCAAGGGACAUCUCUGAUAGAGAAGCGACUGUGGCAGCCGACGAGUCUCCAGACAGCCCACUGAAAUCAUCUGAGCUAGUAUCACCCGUUUCAGAUAGGCUCACUCCACGACCGGCUAACUCACGUCUGACAAACCAACGUUUUUCGGCCACUCCACCAGUAGUUGAGUUGAGACGUUCUUCACGUAUUGGGAAACCAGUUGAACGACUGAACUUGUAA